UGAAGGGAAUCUUACCCCUGAUGAUCUUCAUGGUGGCCAUUUUCCUGAUGCUUCUGUUCUGGGAAAAUGAGGUGAAUGAGGAUGCAGUGGUAACAUCUAUAGAGCAUUUGCAUGUGGACUAUCCUCAGAAUGGCGUUCCUCUAAGAUACUGCAACUACAUGAUCCUACAGAGAGUCCUCAGGGAACAUGACCACACAUGCAAAAAAACGCAUGUCUUUAUCCACGAGAGGCCUCAAAAAAUCAAUAGUAUUUGCACUUCUUCCAAGAAGAUGGUUUGCCCAAACUAUUCUGACAUUUUCUGCUUCCAGAGUGAGACACGAUUCAGAAUGACAGUCUGUCAGCUCAUUGACGGCACCAAAUAUCCUGCCUGCAGGUACAAGGUUUCUCCCAGAGAGGGGUUUGUCAUUGUCACUUGUGACGACUUAGGGCCAGUUAGUUUCCAGGGCUAUGUAGAAUAACCCGAGACCAGUGCCCGAGCGUGCAGCAUUCUCUUCCGUUUUCUCAGCUGCUCUGGUGGACCCGAACUGUGGACUGGGUGGCUGAU